CGAUCAACAAGAGUAAUUCUGAUUAGUAGCAAAAUGUCUCUCACUUACUUACUUCUGAUAUUUUUAAAAUUAUUAACAGUUGGUAGUGACAAAUGGGACUGUGCUGAUUAUUACUGGAGAGACUACCAUGGUGUGAUCCCCGACGAUGCAAUCCCAGCAGGCAAAGACACUCACGGUAACACCCUAUAUAUCGGUUUGGCAUACAUCAGAGGUUACGAAUUGCUCCCAGGAACAAUUUUACCCGAUGAAAAAGUCGCUCGCACGACAGCUUAUGCAUACGUUUUCAAUACAAAAGAUAAUGUGAAAAUUCUUUGCAGUCCAUACCCAGAAGCUUUCGAGUGGAUUUCUACUGAAAGUAAAGACUUACACAAGUAUCAAAACUAUAAUUUGAUUCCUGGUGGCAGUGAAGUCGGCGAAAAUCUGCAUAUUGGAAGAGUUUUUCGCGAUAAUAAUGUAAUAAUAGGAAAGAUUUUUAAACACGAACGGACAAAUAGAGGAAUCUGGUUUCCUUUAAAUAACAAACCUGCUAAUUCCUUAUCGUAUCAAAUUCUUAAUUAUAAUUGUAGUAGUGCUAAUCCUAAAAUUGAUCCAAGAGUUAAAAUAGAAUAAAUCAAGCUUUGUUUACAUGUCCUUGACUUAUUUUAGAUUAUCUUAUCAGAACAAGUAAAUAAAAAUCUAUCAAUAAUUUUUCGCUUUUAAAAGCUACAGUUUAUGUUGGCUGUAGUUGUAGUAAAGAGUUUUUUUUUUAUU